AUGCUUUCGAAUCUGUGUUGGCUCAAUCGCCUUUCUUUCUUCUUCGUCGCGUCAACUUCAGUCCUUGGAAUGACCCUGAAUUCUGCUGGACAGCUGAAUUCCAGACAAGCGCAGAACAAUCUUGAGCCAUGUGCAGUCCUUCAGGAAUUUCUAAGCACUGGAGUUCCGAACGGCGACUUAUCACCAUCUAAUGUGAAUGCCCCCAUUCCUGCUGAGCUCGCCUAUUCAUGUGCAACGUCUGCACCCUUGGUCAAAGCCGAUGCACUCCGGGUACUCGAUGUUGUUUUGGCAUUACUGGAAUGGCAAUCGUCGUUGGCUUAUCUCAAAAAACCUCCUCCCGGAUAUCCAUUCUCUGCCACAGACAUCAUCGGUGAUACCCAAGCACUUCGCCUUGCAGUGCAGAACGAUAUCUUUGGUUUUGAGUAUGCAUUCCAGCAGAAUCUCACGAAAAUACUGGCGUCUGCCCACGAUGGUCAUCUUUAUAUCGAUCUAGAGGUCACGAGUGUUUUUGGUUUUGUUAGGAGUUUUGGUGACAUCGUAUCAGUGUCUCUAGAUGGCAAGACAGCACCAGAGAUUUACGCAUUCAAAGAUCUCUGCAAACAGCGCAGGAAUAAGAAUUUCGUUCCUUAUCCGAUCAUUACGAUCAAUGGACAAGACGUCCAGAGCUGGAUUACGUACCAAGCACUCAACAAAAGCAGCCACCAGCAUGAUCCCGAUGCCAUGUACAAUACGUUCACAAAGUCACCCGCCACUGGAGGUGGAUUUUCAUUUAGUGGGGACUAUCAAGGGGAGCGCACCACGAUCGGCUUCAAGAAUGGGACCGUGGUGGGGUAUCAGAACAAGGCGAUACUACUCAAGAACUUCACUGACGUCGUGGAUGGCGAUACCUUCUAUCAUCACUUCGUCACGGGGAGUGUACCGGAGCAACGAGAGUCGAGGAGAAACACCAUUGCAAAGUUAAAUCUUGGUCAGGGCGCAGGUGAAAUUGGUGCUUUUCACAGUGCCCAAGCCUCUUAUCCUACUCCAUCUUUUUACACAGAUGAUCUCGCCAUUUCUGGGUAUUUCAUGACCGAUCCUGGAUUCGAAAACGUUGCUGUCCUCACAUUGAGGUCAUUCGGGCCCAGAGAUAUCAAGGACUUCCAUUCCAAUCUAACUGGUUUCUUGCAAGCAUGUAUUGCAAAUGGCAAACAAUAUCUCAUUCUGGAAAUGCAGGCCAAUCCAGGUGGAAAUAUCGGACUAGGUUAUGAUGUGUUUAAGCAAUUGUUUCCAGACAUCAGUCCGUUCGCAGCUGGAAAUCAACGUUCACAUGACCAAGGAAAUGUGCUAGGCGAGUUCUUCACAGAACUGGCACACGAUGUACUCAAGUCUACUGGAAACAUCUCGGAUUACACUGCUGUUGGAGGAUUUUCAAUUUUCGACGCUCGAGCUUCCAUCAACGCGACUGGUUCGAACUUCGAAUCCUGGAACGAUUUCGGUGGUCCAGUAGUCGUCCACGGCGACAAUUUCUCCAGCAUUGCUCGUCAGGAUAUUGAAAACACAGGCCUUCAAACAUAUCUGAGCGACAUUACCUUUGGUGAUCCGCCCAUCCAGCCUUUCGCAUCCGAGAAUGUAAUUGUGCUCGCGGACGGUGACUGUGCAUCGACGUGCGAUACCUUCAUGCACCUGCUCAAAUGGCAAGCCAAAGUCAGAACAAUCGUGGGCGGAGGUCGCCCAAGCCCAGGUCCCAUGCAAGUCGUCGGUGGAGUCAAAGCAAGACACAAGCUCAGCAUCGGCUACCUAAUGUACCUGAUCGGAAUAUUCCGCAACAAGGCACCAGAGACGGUACAAGCCAAAGCGAACGCAACAAAACUGAAGACGAUCUUCGAAAGCGGCGAAUACCUCUCGCGCCGCACGGAUGGAACAUUCUCCGUGAACCUCGGGAACGCGAUCCUGAAGGGCGACAAGACCAUGACGCCUCUUCAGUUCGUGUACGAGGCCGCCGACUGUCGUGUCUGGUGGCGGCCGGAGCAUUUCUUCGACGUGCGCACCCUAUGGACCCUCGUUGCUGGCACGGCGUUCGGAUUGAACCAUACCAAGAUGUGGUCUGCUUGUGUGGAAGGCAGUACUAAUCAUCCCAGCUCCGUCACUGGAGGUGGUCAUCUGGUGUUUGAUGCAAACUCGGGUAUCACCGUUGACAAUGCAACUCAGACGGGCUCAAGCAAUGGGAAUUCGACGAGCGAUGGGAACGCCACCGCCUUCGGAAAAGCCGAACCAGCCGGAGGGAACGCUAAGAGCAGGGCAGAUCAUCCUGUUGUGUGCUCCAUGGGUUUCCUGCUUACAUGCCUCCUCAUUGGCCCCCUGUUCACUGCGUUCUGA